UCUCAGAAACCCAGUCACUCACAGUCUGACACCAGCAGAUCAUUUUUUACUUAUUAAACUCAUUUAAUAUCUCAGGAGCAUUAAACAUGGAGACUGUUUCCUCACAUAAUUCCUUGUCAAGCUGCAGUCAGAGCAAAGUAAUAGCGGUGGUGGGAGGCGGUUUGGUUGGAUCUUUGAACGCCUGCUUCUUCGCAAAACGAGGAUUUCAUGUUGCAGUUUUUGAAUCUCGAGAAGAUAUUCGGAAGGCCAAAGUCGUAAAGGGUCGAAGCAUCAACUUGGCCCUCUCCCAUAGGGGGCGCCAGGCCUUGAAACAUGUGGGAAUGGAGGAAAAGAUAGUCUCCAAAGGCAUUCCAAUGCACGCCCGUAUGAUCCACAAUGUGAAUGGAAAACGUUCUCCUAUACCCUACGGCCGGAAGGGACAGUACAUCCUUUCUGUGGACAGAGCCAACCUAAACAAGGAGCUGCUAACAGCGGCAGAGGCAUAUCCAAACAUGACCCUGAACUUUAGUCACAAGCUGCAGGACUGGAGUCCAGAAAAAGGAGCAAUGACAUUUCUUGGACCUGAUGGCCAUAUGAAAGAGAUCCAGGCAGAUCUGAUUGUAGGCUGUGAUGGAGCUUUCUCUGCCGUCAGGAAGCAGUUCCUACGGCAGAGUCGUUUCAAUUACAGCCAGACGUACAUUCCCCACGGGUACAUGGAGCUUACUAUGCCUCCCAAAGAUGGAGAUUUUGCGAUGGAGCCCAACUAUUUGCACAUUUGGCCCAGGAACACUUUUAUGAUGAUUGCCCUGCCCAACUUGGACAGGACGUUCACAUGCACCCUCUUCAUGCCCUUUGAAGACUUUGAGAAGAUUCACACUGGUGACGAGGUCAUUCAGUUCUUCCAGAAAUACUUCCCUGACUCUAUACCUCUAAUAGGAGUUGAUGCUCUAAAACGGGAUUUCUUCCGGCUGCCGGCUCAGGCUAUGGUCUCAGUAAAGUGUUCCCCGUAUCAUCUGUUUGAUAAGUGUGUCCUUAUGGGAGAUGCUGCUCAUGCUGUCGUUCCUUUCUAUGGUCAAGGCAUGAACGCUGGGUUUGAGGAUUGUUUAGUUUUUGACGAGAUUAUGGAACACUUUAAUGAAGACUUUGCUGCUGUACUUCAAGAAUACACCAGUGUUCGUGUACCUGACGAUCAUGCCAUAGCUGACCUGGCCAUGUACAACUACAUAGAGAUGAGGGCACAUGUAAAUUCCAAAUACUUCCUGUUCCGAAAAUACCUGGACAACAUCCUUCACUUCAUCAUGCCAAAAACAAUCAUCCCACUUUAUACAAUGGUCACAUUCACCAGAACACGAUACCAUGAAGCUGUGAAACGCUGGCAUUGGCAAGAUAAGCUGAUCACUCAGGGUCUGUGGCUGUCUGGAGUUGUGUCCGCAACAGGAGGGGCAUAUCUAUUGGUCAGAUACUCUCACAAACUUCCCAACAUCUCUGCAGAGCACUUGUGGAAUCAUGCACUUGCUUUAAAAUGGUUCUAAAACAGGGAGAAUAACAAUGCAUAAGACAAUGCGUUGUUGUUUAGUAGUAGUUGUCUUAUCUAAGCAAAGAUGACCAAGAUGUCCUUUCGUAUGUCUGCAUACAGGACCCAAGCAGUAGACCGAAAUUAAAGUCUAAAAGAAAUAUUCGGGGUUAAUACAAGUUAAGCUUCAUCUACAUCGUUUUCUGUAUACUCUUGUUUAAAACUCAUUUGCAAAAAUUGCAUUUUAAAAGCAGAAAUGUAUAGCUCAUACUUUUGUAAAAGCACUCACAUUAAUUAUUUGGUAAAUCCAUUUUAUUAUUUGAGCCAUAAAGUUUUCAGUGAUGCAAUUUGGAUAAAUAUCUGGUCAUGCUUUACCCACCUAAUUCCUGUGUGUGGAAUUUGCUCCAUGUUUUUAAUUAUUAAUUUAAAGAAAAUGUCAAAGUAAUUUCUGUAAUCCAUGUUGUGAUCCAAGAGUUCAGUAUGUCUGAAAUAAUUCAUUUGUUAAAAGCAAAUGCUGGUUGCUA